AUGGCCCAAGAAGUCCUCUACAACGUCAUCUUCGGCACCUCCUCAACCAGCCGCUACAACAUCCAAACCGUCACCCAAACNCCCGCCAUCCUCCACGACCACAAGCGCUCCCGCGUCAAGCACUGCGACUACCCCGGCGUCAUCCCCGAAAAAGGCCACUCGGUUCGCGGCACCUACGUCACCGGCCUCACCGACGGUGACAUCUACCGNCUGGACAUGUUCGAGGGCAGCCAGUACUCUCUGCGCACUGUGUGUGUGAAGCUGUUGACCAGCGGAGGCGAUGAAGUAACUGGAAGCGGCAAUGUCGAGGGCGAGGAAGUGGAGACGCAGACAUACAUCUGGACUGCCAAGGUCGAGCAACUCGAAGACAAGGAGUGGGACUACGCCGCUUUCAGAAAGGAGAAGCUUGCCAUGUGGUCUGGCGGUGAGCCUGAGGGUAAGUGCUUCCUCUUCACGUCCCAGAAUAAUUGA